AUGGUGAAGUUGACAAAGAGAAUAGGAGGGCUUGUGCUGCGAUUAGCUGCGUUUGGUGCGGCUCUCGCCGCUUUGAUCGUUAUGAUCACAAGCCGCGAGAGAGCAUCCUUCUUCGCUGUCUCUCUUGAGGCUAAAUAUACCGAUAUGGCUGCGUUUAAGUAUUUUGUGAUCGCAAACGCUGUAGUGAGUGUUUACAGCUUUCUAGUUUUGUUUCUUCCAGAAAAGAGUUUGCUGUGGAAGUUCGUCGUCGUCUUGGAUUUGGUAAUGACAAUGUUGCUAACGUCAAGCUUAUCGGCCGCACUAGCGGUGGCGCUAGUCGGGAAAAAAGGAAACGAAAACGCAGGUUGGCUUCCGAUUUGCGGUCAAGUCCCAAAAUUCUGCGAUCAGGUCACCGGAGCUCUUAUCGCCGGUUUCGUCGCACUCGUUCUCUAUGUCUUGUUACUCUUAUACUCUCUUCACUCCGUUGUCGACCCUUUUCUUCUCCAAAAAACUUGA